CCUCCGAGGUCGAUUCAGCGCACGGCCAUGUUAAAUCUCUAGACGGAAGAGACAAAAGCCACAGCAACAAAGAAUUUCUCAAGAAACGUUCGAAGAAUUAAUCAAAUCAUCGAAGAUUCAAAUCCUUCACAAUUCGGAGGUGUUCCAGAAAUUCCUCCACUAAGUGUUCAGGAACUGUGACAAAGUGAGGAAAACGAGACAUCGCGAAGCCAAGAGUGGAAACAUUUAUGGACUCCUGCAUUGACUUUCAGUUUGAAAACUCUCAGUUUGGAGUUAAAUAGGAGCAAAUGACACUGAGCAAAGUUUGAAAUUCCUCAUGACGAAAAGAAUACGGGGAUUUUAAGAGCACAUUAAGAACCUUUAGCUGAGCCUUGUGCUUUUGAAUGUAAAUACUUUAUACUUUUUUUGAUACCAAAAGGGAUACAGAAGGUACUACAGGAUUUUUGCAAUCCAGCUGUUUAAAAAAAUUGAAAAAAUAAAUAAAUAAAAGUGAAUACUUUGUACAUUUUCAGGGAUAACUAAAAAAGAGACUUUUGAAAAGCAUUAAUAGAUUUUUUUGCUAACUUGCAUUUUUGAAAAUCCUUGUGCAAGACUUGAAUUUUUACAAGUACCUGUUUGCUAGUUAUUUUGUACGUUGGCUCUAGGCUUGUGAUAUAUUUAUUCAUAUAAAUAUAAUUUUCUCCUAUUUUUGGGAGAGCUUAUUAUAAACAAUUGUUAUACGCCAGGCACUCUUCUUUUUAAGAGGUCUGUACGUACCGGAAACUGUUUACACAAAAGCGCAGUGAGCGUAACAGUAAAACAGUUUAACGAAUAGAUAAAAAGUAACAAAAAAAAAAAAAAAAAGCAAAAAGAUUAAUUUGUUUGAAAGUGUUGAGGAAAACAUCUGACAAUGGCUACAGCAAGAACCGAGAUCCCAGCUUCAGUCAUGCCAAUGAGCAAACAGAAUGGACAGUCCAAGCCCAUGACCCUCCAGUCAGGAUCGCUUGGUUCCUCAACACAGUCAGGAAAAAUACCUGUGAUGCCCCAGAAAGGAAGCAGUAUACCCCAAAGCAGUGGCGGUAUUAGGUUUGGUGAUGACUGGAAGAAGUGCCUGCAGCUUCCACCGAAAGACACAAGAGUGAAAACCACAGAUGUGACUGCAACCAAAGGAAACGAGUUUGAAGAUUACUGCCUUAAGAGGGAACUGCUGAUGGGCAUCUUUGAAAUGGGCUGGGAGAAGCCUUCCCCUAUCCAGGAGGAGAGUAUUCCUAUUGUCUUGUCAGGGAGGGACAUUCUUGCCCGUGCUAAAAAUGGCACAGGUAAAAGCGGAGCCUACCUCAUCCCCCUCUUGGAAAGGAUUGAUCUGAAGAAGGACUAUGUUCAAGCCAUAGUGUUGGUACCAACUCGUGAGUUGGCUCUUCAGGUGAGCCAGAUAAGUAUCAACAUGAGCAAGCACCUUGGUGGCGUCAAGGUUAUGGCUACAACAGGGGGCACUAACCUGAGGGAUGACAUCAUGCGUCUUGAUGAGACUGUACAUGUUAUAAUAGCUACCCCAGGAAGGAUCCUGGACUUGAUAAAGAAAGGUGUGGCCAAGGUUGACAGAGCUCAGAUGGUUGUGAUGGAUGAGGCUGAUAAGUUGCUUUCUCAAGACUUUGUGGUGCUCAUUGAGGACAUCAUCAGCUUCCUGCCCAAAAACCGCCAGAUUCUGCUUUAUUCUGCCACUUUCCCCAUCAGUGUGCAGAAGUUUAUGACCAAACACCUUCAGAAGCCAUAUGAAAUCAAUCUGAUGGAUGAGCUGACACUGAAAGGCAUCACUCAGUACUAUGCUUAUGUGACAGAAAGACAGAAAGUCCACUGUCUCAACACACUGUUCUCUAGGCUCCAAAUCAACCAGUCAAUCAUCUUCUGCAACUCCACCCAAAGGGUGGAACUCCUUGCCAAGAAGAUCACGCAACUUGGCUAUUCCUGCUUUUACAUCCAUGCCAAGAUGAUGCAGGAAUACAGAAAUCGUGUGUUCCACGACUUCAGAAAUGGACUGUGUAGGAAUCUGGUCUGCACAGAUCUUUUCACAAGAGGAAUUGACAUCCAGGCUGUCAAUGUUGUCAUCAACUUUGACUUCCCCAAAAAUGCAGAAACAUAUCUGCACCGCAUUGGUCGAUCAGGUAGGUACGGUCACCUGGGUCUGGCCAUUAACCUGAUCACCUCAGAAGACCGUUUCAACCUAAAGGGCAUUGAAGACCAGCUGAUGACUGACAUAAAGCCCAUACCCAGCAGCAUUGACAAGAGCCUGUAUGUGGCGGAGUUUCACUCCCUGAACCCUGAUGAAGAGGAGGCUGCUCACAAAGCAGGCGAGCUUAAUUAACCCUUACUGGAGAAUAAAGGGACCAAUGCUUGGCAUUCUGCACAAUUUCUACUGAAGACAGACGCAAAGAUGACUCGUUUUGUUCUGUUUUGUUUGUUGUAGUUUAUUUUCUCACCAAAUGCUUCAAGGGUCUAGAACUGCCAUGGUUAAAUGUGAUCAGCUGCCACAAGAUUAGGGGCCAGUAUAAAGUCAUUAGGCUUGUUGUUCUCAAUGGACUCACUGAGGCAGCUUACCCCUUUUCCAUUUGGAGCACAAUAAGCCACUGUUCUUUAGACCCAGAGCACUGGCAAAGACCAUUCACCGUCCAUAACUGCUGUUCAUGAGGAUUUUUGUUCCCCCUUUUAUUUACCAGAACAAUGAAAUAGAAAAUACUGGCAGAAGAGGGUGCCAAAAACAAACACCCAGGCUUUACUAAGAGUACAUUUAGCUCUAUCCAUCACCUAAUGUGGAAGGUUUUUGUGCGUCAUCUUUUGAAUAAGUUUAACUCGGAGCUUUACAGUUGAUCAGGGAAAACCAGGGAGGAAGUUAACACAUUUAUGAUGGUCUUCUGUUGGUUGUUUACAGCCUUGUAUGUGUAUAUACGUCAUCUUGGAGAGAGGCUUGUGCUUUCGUUCUUUUGACUCACCACCAUGUCUUUCCCAAAAGUUUAUGGAAAACAUUCAGUCACUUUUUUUAAGUCAUCGUCAUGCUCAUUUCGGCCGUCUCUGUUUCUCUAAGUGCCUUACUCUAUUAUAUGCUUCCUCUAGAUAGGAGGGAGCACUAUAGGUGCAUGGUGCAAAAAAAAAAAACUCUGCUUUGGUCAGGAUUGUCAGUGGAAGUUGUUACCUGCUAGAUUUAGACUUCUAAUACCUCAAACCCAUAAAUCGCUUAUUCCCUAUUUGACCCACCAGUUUGUUGGUAGUGAACAGUACCUACCUCAGCAUUGGCUGGGUGAGCAAUAGAUUUGCUUGUGUCCAACAACCAGGUACCCCAGCUUAGAUGUUUUGUGAGGUCAGACUUCAAUUUAAGCAUUUCAGCCUGCAUUUUUAAAGACUGAGGGACAGUGUGGGUUGUUCAAUACACUCUCCUUUUAUUUCCCUCACCUGUUGAAACAUACAGUAAGGGUUUUUGUUAAAACAAUUAGUCAUUUAUCCAAUUCAGUCUUUCCCCUGGUGGUGUCUAAUGCACAGAAACAGAAAAGAGUAAUGUCUUUUACAACAUAUCAGCACAAAUGCUGUGAUGAAAUGGCAGCUGUAAUAAA